AUGAACAGCAUGGGUGAGGCCUGCACGGAGAUGAAGCGGGAGUAUGACCAGUGCUUCAACCGCUGGUUCGCCGAGAAGUUCCUGAAGGGAGAGGGUGGUGACAGCAGUGGAGGCGACCCCUGCGCCCAACUCUUCAAGCGCUACCAACUCUGCACCCAGAAAGCUAUUAAAGAGAAAGACAUACCCAUUGAAGGGCUGGAAUCCAUGGGCUGCAGCAGAGGAAAAUCUGAAAACUCUUCCUGA